AUGGUGGUCGCCGAGGAGGAGGCGAAGAGGUGGGCGAGGCGGUCGCGGAGGAAGUACAGAUCGAGGUUGAUGGUACGAGGUCAGGUGGCGGCGGCCGGCAGGCCCGAUGCUCACUCGUCUCCCAAGAGGCAGGGGUUUCCGGCGCUUGCGUUGAAUGUUCAGAUAUACCUUCAAAUGAACAGGACGGACCACGCAAAGAAGCAGCUCAGGGUGAUGCAGGAGCUGGACGAAGACCACACGCUGACGCAGCUCGCCAACGCAUGGGUCGACCUUGUGCUGGGUGGUUCCAAGAUCCAAGAAGCGCGCCUCAUCUUCCAGGACCUAUCCGACAAGUACCCGACGACCUGCACGAUUCUUAACGGGAAAGCCCUGUGCUCGACGCACAUGGGAAACUUCGAGGACGCGGAGGGGUUGCUGCUCGAGUCACUGAACAAGGACGCCAAGGAUACUGAGACUCUCACCAACCUCACGGUGUGCAGCCUGAACCUGGGGAAACCCGCAACGCGCUACCUCAACCAGCUGAAGCUCGCACACCCAGACCAUGCGCUGGUGAAGCGAAUGUCCUCCGCUGCAGAGAGCUUCGACAGAGCCUGCCAAGCAAUGGUGUGA